UUGCAGAAAGAGUGAGUUUCCUGUCUACCUGGCACGCCUGAUCUCGGUCGCACUCCUUGCUUCACCUCAAGUAGCCUUGAGUAGAAACACGGAGGUGAGGCCGCCUAGAGGCGGAGCGACAGGGUGGUCUUCCCGGAGCUGCUCCGGGCAGUGGGAGAGGGAAGCCGCCGUGGAGGUCCAGGAUGGCGGAACCGGCGUCCGGACGUGUGUGGACCUCACAGGGAAAACAAAUGGAAGACCUGCCUGAUGCAGCUGUUUUGGCGACUAGACUUAAAAACACUCUCAUCCAAUACCACAGCCUUGAAGAUGACAAGUGGCGAGUUGCUAAGAAAAUGAAAGAUGUAACAAUUUGGAGGAAACCUUCAGAAGAAUUUAAUGGAUAUCUCUUCAAAGCCCAAGGUGUUAUAGACGAUGUCGUCAAUAGUGUAAUAGACCAUAUACGUCCAGGUCCCUGUCGCUUGGAUUGGGACAGCUUAAUGACCUCAUUGGAUAUUUUGGAGUACUUUGAAGAGAAUUGCUGUGUGAUGCGUUAUACUACUGCUGGUCAGCUUUGGAAUAUAAUUUCCCCAAGAGAGUUUGUUGACUUCUCCUAUACUGUGGACUAUAAAGAAGGGCUUUUAUCCUGUGGGAUAAGUCUUGACUGGAGUGAAAAGAGAUCAGAAUUUGUUCGUGGAUAUAACCAUCCCUGUGGUUGGUUUUGUGUUCCUCUUAAAGACAGUCCAAACCGGAGUCUUUUGACAGGCUAUAUUCAGACGGAUCUGCGUGGAAUGAUUCCCCAGUCUGCAGUAGAUACAGCCAUGGCAAGCACUUUAAUCAACUUCUAUGGUGAUUUACAAAAAGCCUUACAAAAGGCAUAAUAUGUUUAAACUUAUAGCAUUAUAUUCCCUGAAUCAACUCUCUCUCUUAGCUGCAUGGCCUGUAAAAAUCAUCCUUUCCUGUCUUCUGCAUAGCCUGUAGAAAAUUUUGAGAUGUUUUUGGUUUAUUUUAUUCCUAAAGUAAAUAGCUGUCUAGUGUGGGCAUUUCAGUUUUCCUAAACAGUUAUUUGCACAUUGUUUGGUAUGGUGAUAUGUCUAGGAAUGGAGAGUAUGACAGAAAUCCACCAAGAAGUAGAUAUAGUUCUUUGACACAAACUCUUAAGAAAUUGAAUAGUGCCUCAGUAUGAAUAUUUUGGCUUCUUAGAAAUUAGAGAAAGCCAAGCUUCAUGCUGGUAGGUUAAAAUCACCUAUUUUAGAGCUUUAUGAACAUUCUGUAAAAGUUUUAAUUUUGGGAGGAGUUAAAUAUUAAUGCUUUACUUCUCAUAUGCUCUAUGAGUUUAACAAUAUCUUGGACUAAAGAAAAAAAGCUCUUCUCUAUACCUUAUAAAGAUGAACUUCAUUGUCAGUUGACUUGUACUACUUUCCCUAUUGAAAAUAUCAGAAAUAAGAAAAGAAUAGGUAUCAUAGUAAAAUGCAAUUCAGUUUUGAUACCUGGAUAGUAUUAUUUUAUAGAUAUCUUUAAAAAUGUAUUCAUAUCUUUAUGGGCUUUUAUUUUGGGAGUCUUAAAAGCAUUUAUGAAUGAAUAAGGCAGUGUGAAAAACUGCCAGAUAUGUGCUGGGACACCACAUUGAUUGGACAGUAUUCUGGGUUAUGUGAAAUGGGUGGUGGUAUCCAAUACUGACCAAUAGAGAACCAUCUCUCUAGAAAGUCAAAUUCAGUGAAUGUUUUAUACAUGUUUGAGUUUUAAAUGUGUCACUCAACUCAUAAAGUAUAACUACGUCAUAAGCAUUCACAAUUGUGAUGUAACUUCAGUCUGGAACUAGAACAAAUGCAUUCAUAGAUUUAUCUAAAUGCCUGGAUGAGUCAUUUUAUAACUAGAAUGGACUAUAAUAUGUCUCUCGAUUCUGUGGCUGCAUUAAAUGAACAUUCCUAAAUGAUUUUAACAUUCCACAUGGUCUCUGACUUUUGAACUAUCCACCUAGUUUACAUCUAAGAUGAGAACUUGAGGGAACUCAGUGUCCGUGCAAAUUUUUGUCUAUAUUUAUAUUUGUGUACAUGCACACAUCUUGAAAUCUGUUCCAGUGUUCAAUGUGAGUUAUUUAUGUGAUAUUAUUACUGUUCCCACUGUUUCAUUUUCUCUUCUUUUUUUUUUUUUUUUUUUGGUUAAUAUGGGGUAAAGAGAGCUCUGGAAAUAGUAUUUACUAGAUAGGCCACCAAAAGCACAAAACUGUAUAGUGGUUCAAUUGCAUGAAGGUGUGAUCUGUGUUUUACUUUCCUGUGUUUUCCUGAGUGUAAAGAAAGCAUAAGUCAUAGUUCUUCAGACCCAUUUUGCUAAAGUGGAAAAAGUAGAGCUGACUUAUUUUUACUGUUUUGGUAUGGAGAUGAUGUUCAAAAAAAGCAAAAGGUGGCAGCACCAUAAUAUCCAUAGUGAAUAAUCUCACAAAUUUUAGAUUGAAAAUAGUCUGAUAGAAGCAAUGCACAAACGAUCCUAUGCUCUUAACUUGAAAUUUAUUAAUCACCAAUAUGUUUUUCCAAAUUGACUAUAAUUUUUGAGCUGCUGGAUUUCUCUGCUACUUUUUUUUUUCUUGCAAUAGGGAAAGAGAAAUGAGCAGUUUAGCUUUCAGUUUCGCAUGGAAAUUGUUAAAUGUUAAUUUUGACUCAAUCUAUUGUCUUUUAUUUGGUUUUAUUAGUGUAGAGCAGGAGGUUUCUUACAUUCCAGUAUUCAGUCUAGCAUGACAAAAUACCAGCAGAUGUCCAAUUAUAGGGUGCCCAGAUUGGGUGAGUUUGCAACAAGAUGUACAUUAUUAUAAGGGCUAUUAUCGCCUGAGCUGGGUGCCACUAAUAAACUGUCCACUUUCAGUUACUCUGUGUUCCCUUUGUUUUUUUGUAACUUAUACCUCCAACUAGUGAUGACAUAAUCCACUGCUGAAUGAGGACCCAUUGCAGGUAACAAGACCCUCAUGGAAAAAUUUUCAUUGCAAUGUUGAGCCGUAUGAUGGAUUGAAGAAUUAUAUUUGAAUUACCUGAAAUGUAUAUGCAGCUUCUAGAUGGCACUUUAAAUCUGCUGGGCUCUAGCUGUGUACUUAAAAAAAAGAAAAAAAACAGCUUUAUUGAGGUAUGAUUUCCAAUGCUGUACAAUUUACCAGUUAUAAGUAUACAAUCCGUUGAUUUUUGAAUACAUUUAUAGUUGUGCAGCCAUCACAACAGCCCAAUUUUAGAAUAGUUCUAUCACCCAAAAGAUCCCUUUUGCGUGUUUGCUGAAUCAUACAUAACCAAAGUUUAGCACAGUUGCUAGUAUACAGAAGAUGAUGGAAAAGAUUAGAGCACGUUUUGUUUGGUUUUGUUUUCAAGAAUAGAGGUGUAUUUGAUUCUAAGCUCAGGAAUCUUGUGAUAAUGUACUAUAUAUGUUAUGUCAAAUAUCAUAAUGAUAUGAAAUUUAACAAUGUGGAUUGGGAUUAAUAUUAACAUGUAAUAGAGUCUGCUGUUUCUAUAGCAGUGCUGUAGAAUAGAAAAAUAAUGUGAGCCAUAUAUGUAAUUUAAAAUUUUCUAGCAGCCGCAUUAAAAAAAUUAAAAGAAACAGCUGAAGUUAAUUUUAAUAGUACAGUACAUUUCACUCAGUUUAUCCAAAAUAUUAUC